AUGGUCAAGAUUCUGUUACUAGGAGCAGGCGAGUCAGGUAAAUCCACAGUAUUGAAACAGAUGCGAUUGAUUCAUGGUACAGGGUUCACGAGUUUUGAACGGAUCCAGUAUUCGAAAGUGAUCUGGUCUGACACGGUGCAGUCAAUGAGAACAAUGCUGCAACAAGCGGAUAUUCUAGGGAUUCCACUCGACUGUAAUGAUACAUCGUCGAAACUGUAUAAAAGCAAACAGGUGCUGCUAGCAACUGAUGAGUGGGAUAUCAUGAAGAAAGAGUUCAGUCCUGAAGCAAAGAGGUUUCUUAGUGAUUAUACUGUAGAUAUGGGACCGACUGUGACUAUUCAAACAGCCAUGAACAUGAAUCACAUGAAUCACAUGGACACAGAAGACGAUGAUGUUUCAGGCACGAGUAAUGGAAUUGGUAUGAUCGCAUCAAAUAAUGACAACGGCCAUGAUGAUGACGAGGACGACGAAGAAGUCAGUGAAACCACUGCUAUGCUUCCUGCACCACCUCCACUUCCCAGUCGACUGGAGGUCGCACAAGCUAUACACGAUCUAUGGACACAGGAUGUCGGGAUUCGAAGGGUGUAUCAGAAUGCACAUAUGUUCCAGAUGGAAGUGAACGCUAAACAUUAUUUCGAGCAGGUGUUUGAUUUCGCCAAUCCGCAGUAUAAAGCAACUGAUACAGACAUUCUCGUUGGCCGGAUCAAGACCACGGGAAUUUUUCAAAUGCAGUUUAAAGUGAAAGGCACUCCAUUACGGAUGUUUGAUGUAGGAGGUCAGCGGAGUGAGAGACGCAAAUGGGUUCACUGUUUUGAUAAUGUCACUGCCGUCUUAUUUGUAGCAGCAGUAUCUGAAUACGACGAAGUGCUAUUUGAAGACGAUGAGGUCAACCGAAUGCAAGAAACACUCGACUUGUUUGAACAAAUCUGUGACACCAGAUGGUUCCGCGACACACCGAUCAUAUUAUUUCUAAACAAAAUGGACAUUCUGCGCACCAAACUCAAACGGUCUCUCUUCACAGACUACCAACCAGCGUACCCUGGCGACCCACUCAACCCAGACCAAGUGUGUUCAUACAUGGAACGAAUCUUCCUGUCCAAGAACAAAUACCCCGGCCGGCCAAUCUACGUGCACCGCACCUGUGCCACCGACACCAAAUCCAUGGCCUUCGUCAUGGCCGCCGUCACCGACAUGGUCUUCCAAAAGAACCUCACCUGGUCGGGUGUCAUCUAA